AUGGCAUCCUUCCAGUCCCUGCUGCUGCAGCCCUGCUGCUCUAGCCUUCAGGCCGCCCAGACCUCGGAAUUCGAUCUGGAGCUACAGCCUCGCGACGGCCCGCCCAUUCCAUGUCACAAGAGCUUGCUUCGUGCACGGUGCCCUCUCUUGCAGAUCGAGCGGCCCUGCAUUUCCGUGGACGAAGAUCACGGGGUGAUCUCCCUGCUGCUCGAGUGGGUCUACUGCGAGAAGAUACACUUCAGCGGCGCUGGGACUGGCCAGGGGAGCCAGCGAGUUGACGAGGCCUCGGCUCGGGGCUCCCUGGGCCUGGGACUCGCGGAGCGGACGCUUCGCCUGGCCGCGAAGCUCGGGCUCCGGGAUGCCUUGGCCCUGCGUGAGCGCCUGUAUGGAAACUGGCGACGGCGCAGUCCGGGAUGUUUGUCUCAGGACUUGCUUCGGAGCUUCCAGGAGCACUCCCUGGACAGCCUCUGGUUCCUUUGCGGCGAGCCCGGUGCCAGCCAAGACUGCAAAGCAGUCUAUGGUGGUUUUCUACCUUUGCUCCUCGAAGCCUCCAACUAUUUCGCGGCCAUGCUAUCGGGGAAGUGGGCUGAGACGGCGCAUGAGCAAGUGAAGGUUUGUUGGCCGGCCGAGGAGUUGGAGCGUCUCUUGGAGUUUUUGCAUGGAGGCCGAGACUUCAUUCGGGAUGCCCAAGACCUGGAGAAGGCUUUGCGGUGCGCCGACUUCUUUGGCCUUCCUGUGCUGGUUGUUCAUGCGAAUCAGUGGAUUGCAGACCACCUGGACUCGAAGAAUGCUUCCCAGCUCUGGAACUUCGUGGACGGCGAACCCCGACUGCGCCUGAAACAAGUCCAGGACUCUGGUUUACAUGCAGACUUCUUCGUGGAUGCAGAGGAUGCUUGCUUUGACUUCCACGUUCGGGAGUUUCUGGCCUUGGCUUGGCCGGAUGCGGAUUCAGAGGCAGAUGAAGAUUGCUGGGUCCCGUUGCAUGACUUGUCUCCUUCGCUGAUGCAGCGACUGCUGUGCAGCGGAUCUUUGGAUGUCAGUACCGAGCGAUUGAAGGCCAUUGUCCUGCGCUAUGCGCGUGCUAAGUGGGACAAGUCCUUGGCCAAGGUGCAUGCCAAGCAGAUGAUGCCGCCCAACGUGCUUUUCAACAGGGACAUCCGUGAUCAGCUGUUGGGCGCUGCGACGAUGUCCAUCCGUGCUGUCCUGUAG